CCAACGUAAAUUCCCUCUCCCACUCUACAAUCACCACCGUCUCCUCCGUCCUUCCACCACCCUCCUCCGCCCUCUCACCGCCAAUCUCAGAAACCCACCACCACCACGUUUCACCAUGUCAAUCUCUUCAUCCACCGUCCAAGAAAACUCAGAAGAAUUGCUAUCCCAAGUUCUAACCUAUCACAAUCAGACCAAACACUCAUUCACAAACUACGCCAGAGGUCCUCGUGGCCUUGAUUGGGCCAACCAACCAAACCCUUUCCGCCGCUACAUCUCCCCCCCACUCCGCCCCCUUCUCCACCCUCCAAAUUCCGACGAUUCCCCUCUUUACGAUUCCCUCUUCAAUUCCCUUCCCCCUCCGAAACCCAUCACCAAAUCCACCAUUUCUGAGUUUUUCUACGAUUCCUUGGCGUUAUCAGCUUGGAAAUCAACUGGGUUUUCCACAUGGUCGCUUAGAGUAAACCCUAGCAGUGGCAAUUUACAUCCAACUGAAGCUUACAUCAUAUCCCCACCGAUCGAAUCCAUUUCCGAUUCGGGUUUCGUCGCCCACUACGCCCCAAAGGAACAUUCGCUGGAGAUUAGAACCCAAAUUCCAUCUGGGUUCUUUACCAAUUUCUUUCCAAAUGGUUCUUUUCUUAUUGGGUUUUCUUCAAUUUUCUGGAGGGAAGCUUGGAAGUACGGGGAGAGAGCUUUCCGGUACUGUAACCACGACGUCGGCCAUGCCAUCGGAGCAGUCUCGAUGGCGGCCGCCGGAAUGGGGUGGGAUGUGAAGCUGCUGGAUGGAUUGGGACACGAUGAAUUGAAGAAACUGAUGGGGCUUGAAAUCUAUCCGGAGUUCAAAAUCCCAUCUAGACCAGUGAAAGGUAACUUAAAUUCGAUUGAAUUCGAACAUCCUGAUUGUUUGCUUCUUGUUUUCCCCAAUGGAACUGGUGAAUUUGAUAUAAAUUACAAGAAUCUGAGCAUGGCGAUUUCAGAAUUUUCUAAAUUAGAUUGGAAAGGAGAGCCUAAUUCACUUAGCAAAGAGCAUAUAUGCUGGGAUAUAAUCUAUAGAACAUCUGAGACAGUGAAGAAGCCAUUAACAUUAGAUACAAAAUUCAUUAUGAAUCGAUUCGCAAGAAGUGGGAACUGUAAUGAGAAUUCACAUGUGAAUAUAACUUUAAGGGAACUUGUUAGGAAGCGUAGGAGUGCGGUUGAUAUGGACGGUGUUACAUCAAUAGAAAGAAACACAUUUUAUCAGAUUUUACUCCAUUGUCUUCCUUCGGGUUUUCAAGAUAAGCAAAAAAGACAAUUGGGAUUGCCAUUUCGAGCGAUGGAUUGGGAUAGUGAAGUGCAUUGCGUAUUAUUUGUGCAUAGAGUUGUUGGUUUGCCAAAAGGGUUGUAUUUUCUUGUUAGGAAUGAUGAACAUUUCGAUGAUCUUAAGAAAGCCACGAGGUCCGACUUCAAAUGGGAGAAACCCGAGGGUUGUCCUUCAGAGUUGCCAUUAUAUGAACUUGGAAGAGCCGAUUGUAUGGAGCUCUCGAAACAUCUUUCAUGCCAUCAGGAUAUAGCGAGCGAUGGCUGCUUCAGCCUUGGUAUGGUGGCACAUCUUGAACCGACCUUACGGAACAAGGGCGUGUGGAUGUAUCCUCGGUUGUUUUGGGAAACGGGAGUUCUUGGUCAGGUCUUGUACCUUGAAGCGCAUGCGGUUGGCGUUUCUGCAACCGGCAUCGGUUGCUUCUUUGAUAAUCCUGUGCACGAUGUUCUAGGGUUGACGGGAUCGAACUAUCAAAGCCUUUAUCAUUUUACAGUCGGUGGACCUGUUGUCGAUAAGCGAAUAAUGAGCCUCCCGGCAUAUCCAGGCCCUGGUGUUGAUGCGUAACACUCUCGAUUUACAUAACCACAUUUGGAAUUCUUACUUUUAGACAUUUACAAAGAGAUUAAGAGGCAAUAUCAAACCAAAAGAGUCUAGUAUAUCCUACUCGUAGGUGGAGUCCAGAGGGGUGAGAUGUACACUGACUACUACCCUAGAUAGUAAAGCAGUUGUUUCCAUGAAAAGCCUCUGGUUUGCAAAAAGAGAAGAAUCUUAUUAUGUAUUUGGUUUGAAUUCAUCAUACCCUCUCCAUAACCCUAUUUUGUAUGGGACUUACUGGGUUCGUUUAGUUUGACUAUAUUGUCUGAUACUGUAUUUUGUCAACAUGAUACAUUACCUGUAUUUAGUGCAUUGCUAUGCAUGCAAGUCGGGUUGGCGUAGCUUGGUAAGACCGACCAUCUUCCUUUGGUCUACAUGCUCGGCCCAUGAUGGACCGGAAGAAGGCGGUGCUGUGCUUGUUUCUAUUUUUGCCCGACCCGACCAAGGUUCGGUCACGUCAUGGUUUUUGUAGGUAGUCGACUAACUUCGUAUU